AUGGCCUCCGCACGCAUCCCCCCCGACGGCGUCUUCGUGCCCGUCCCCACCUUCUUCAAGCCCGCCGCGUCGUCGACGUCGCUCCAGGCCGCCGUCGACGUCGAGACCCAAGUCGCGCACUCGGUGCACCUCGCCCGCAGCGGCAUCACCGGCCUCGUCCUCCUCGGCAGCACCGGCGAAGCCAUCCACCUCUCCCGCAGCGAGCGCCGCGACUUCCUCUCGGGCGUGCGCAAGGGUCUCGACGCCGCCGGCUUCCCCGACUACCCCAUCAUGGCCGGCGUGCUGACCAACAGCGUCGACGAGGUGCUGGAGUGGCUGGACGACAGCAAGGACGCCGGCGCCCAGUGGGGACUGGUGCUGGCGCCGGGCUAUUUCGGGGGUGCCGCGACCCAGGAGAAUCUGGUCGAGUGGUAUAGGCUUGUUGCGGAUAGGAGUCCGCUUCCGAUACUGAUAUACAACUACCCCGGCGUGACCAACAACCUCAUCGUCGCACCCGAGACGUACGUGAAGCUCGCCGCGCACCCCAACAUCGUCGGCUGCAAGAUGUCCCACGGCAACGUCUCGCACCACGUCCAGAUGUCGCUGCACCCGCAAAUCGACGCCUCGACCUUCCGCGUCUUCUCCGGCUUCGGCCAACAGCUCGGCCCCAUCGUGCUGUUCGGCGCCGCCGGCGUCAUCGACGGUCUCGCCGCCAUCUACCCCAAGACCGUCGUCCGCCUCUUCGCCCUCGCCGCCAAGCGUCCCGUCGACGACGACACGCUCAAGGAGCUGCGGGACCUGCAGUUCCGCGUCUCCGCCGCCGAGGAGUUUGUCGGCAAGACCGGCAUCGUCGGGAUCAAGGAGGGCAUCUAUCGGGUCCUGGGUUUGGGCAAUCUCGAGGGCGGGAGGUUGCCGCUUAGGGGGAAGUUGGCCGAGGGGGAGUGGGAGAGGUGGGCGACGGAGACGGGGGCCAUGGAGGUGAUUGAGAAGAGUGUUAAAUAG